UGUCCUAUAUAAUGAAGAGUGUACUUUGAAGCUGAUCAUCAAUUCAUAAUCCAAACAAAAUGAAGUGGAUAUCCUCAGCCCAUAAAGCAACCCAACGUGUCCUCGUAUCUCGACAACAUCUUCUUCUUCAUGUAGGUUCUUGUCCUCGAUAUUUCCAUGCUUCCAACACCAUCAGGUGGUCAAAAUCCUAUCAAAUUCAGGCUUCAUCCUUAUUUUCUGGUCGAUAUUAUAGCAUCUCGGCGAAUCAAAACGUUACUAAAUCCUCCUCAUACAGUUUUUGUAGGUUACCAUAUGCUUAUAACAAGCUUGGAAACAGUAUUAAGAAUGUUGAUCUUGAAAUAAUUUCAAGAGAAUCCAUCAAACCAGCUUCUCCCACUCCACAUCAUCUAAGAACCUUUAACCUCUCCAUUAUAGACCAAUAUAUGUUUGAUGUCUACACCCCUUUGAUCUUAUUUCUUCCUAAUACCGACAACACAAGUGUUACGAAUGUAGUAACCAAAAGAUCAAAACAUCUCAAGGAGGCUUUAUCUAAGAUUCUUACUCAAUUCUACCCCCUUGCUGGAAGAGUUAAGGAGAACUUGCAUAUCGAGUGCAACGAUGAAGGGGUCUAUUAUUCUGAGGCUCGAGUAAACCAAAAGCUCAAAGAUUUUCUUUGUCAUCCAGAUGAUGAAAAAGUGAGGGAGUUGAUGCCGGAAAGCCCUUGCAUCGCAGAAUCUUUAUUAGGAAAUUAUGUUAUCCGUAUUCAGGUGAACUUUUUUCUUUGUGGUGGGAUUGGGAUUUCCACAAGCGUGUCACACAAGAUCUUUGAUGGCCACACAUUUCACAUGUUCAUGAAAGCAUGGGCCGCGGCUGCAAGAGGUUCACAAGAUAUACUUUCACCAAAUUUUGUGGCUUCUGAAAUCUUUCCUAACAAUCCGCAUUUAGAACACCCGUCGCCAUCCAAAAUAAUGGCUACCAAAACGCUUAGCACAAAAAGAUUUGUGUUUGAUUCAACAACUUUGGCUUUUCUUAAAAACCAACUGAUUGUCAUGCCUAGCUCAGGACAUCCACCAACCCGCAUGGAGGCCACAACUGCUGUAAUUUGGAAAGCUGUUGCGAAAGCAGCAUCUAAAGUAAGACCAUUUGGUCCACAGUCACCUCAUGCUUUGUUCUCAGCAGUCAACUUAAGGAAAAGGGCAUCACCUCCUUUGCCCAAAGACUCAAUUGGAAACCUUAUUGAUGGAGCGGGUGCGAUAUGCUUUCCUAAAAGGGAACUACACUUGCCAACACUGAUAGGUGAACUUAGAGAAUCAAUAGCAAAAAUAAACUCGGAUCACAUCGAGUCCAUGAAAGGGGAAAAGGGGCAUGAGAUAUUGAGAAAGUUAAAGCAACCAAUGGAUGUGACAAGGGAAGGAGAUUGCAUCAUGGCUUCGAGCAUGUUGAAUAGUGGAAUGUAUAACUUGGAUUUUGGAUGGGGUAAGCCGGUAUGGUUUUAUAUUAUGAAUGCUGGAUUUGAUAGGUUUUUGGCUUUGAAUGAAACAUUGAAGGGUGGUGGUGUUGAAGCCAUAGUCACAUUGAGUCUAGAAGAAAUGGAGAUAUUUGAGCGUGAUCCGGAACUUCUGUCCUAUGCUACUGUCAACCCUAGUCCUCUUCGAUUUCUUAAGCAUUGAGUUUAGAUUUCAGUUUAAAUUCAGUUCAUUAUUUAUUAUUAAAUGUA